AUGACAGUUAGUAGGACCAUAUUCCAUUCGGCUCAAACUUACUUACAAAAGCUUACAAGAUCCAAUGGGUUGAACCCUGGUGAGCAUUCCGCGGUUGGAGACUAUUUAGAGGACGUUAAUGAUAGUGUGGACCGGGUCAAAAACUCAAUCAGUGAACUAAAGAAUGCGGAUCGGGUUAAGGGUCAGGAGUUUGUAAUGCUUAUGAGUAAUGUGAAGACAUGGGUCAGUUCAGCUUUGACUAACGAGGAUACUUGUAUGGAUGGGUCUUCGGGUCAAGCUAGGGAUGGCCCGGUCAAGAAGUUGGUUAGGGCCCUGAUCACUGAUGUUGGACAUGUUACUAGUAAUGCUCUGGCAAUAAUAAACCAUUUUGUUGAAAAGCAUAGUUAA